CAAAGCGUUAAAUCGAUGAUGAAAAUGAGUGAGGACGAGUAAUGGAGUAAAUGUUUCAGCUCUAACUGUAACCAUGUGCUUUAUCAGCAGUUUAUUCACACCUGCUUCUACACUAUUUUGCUGUGUCUUUUGUUUUAUUUCUUGUAUUAUUUUGUUGCAGGGUUCUCACUCUCUGGUAUCCUGCUAGUGUAUCCUUGUGUUGCUGUGUUUGUGUUCUCCUCACAAACCUUUCCUUUUCACUCCACCCAUCUAUGUUGCCUUCCACUCCUCUCUUUAUUGGUCCCCACCUUCUUCCCAAAGCACCUCCUCCUCCUCUUCUUCCUCCUCCUCCUCCCCAGCACCAGCACCAGAUGACCGGAGCACUCCUGAGUCCUCAGUCCACUCUCUCCUCCUGUGGCGUGAGUGAGAGUCCAGCAGACACAGUGAAGCCGGCGCGCUCGUCUGGACUCACAGUGGAGAGUGAAGGCCAGAACAUGGCUUCUGAAAUCCCAGCGCUCCCUCAGUCCAUCAGCCCUGCGACUGGCACUGUCUUUUCUGACCAGUCUGGCUUUUACUCUCUGGACCACAACGUGCCAGGUCUGUCCAAGACCAUUCUGAACAAGCUCAACAUGAAAGACUAUGGAGAGUACAGGGCUGCCUUGGAGGGAAAAGCGAAAGGAACGUCGUUCCGCAACCACAAGGAGAUGUUCCAGAAGAUGGAGGAGACAUUUAAAUUCUGCGCAGGCUGCAGCAAACUGCCUGAGCACCUCACUGAGGGACAGUGUCUGAAACGCUGCGUGAAGUGCUUGAACGUGUACUACUGCACCAAGGACUGUCAGAAAAAAGACUGGCCUCAGCAUAAAAAGGUCUGCAAGACGCUGCGUCUGGUGGCCAUCGACAGACUCGUGGAGUGGCUGACGUUCACAGGUGACCUUCCGCUGCCCGCUCAGCCGUGGUCUAAGUCGGCCGCUGAGGUGAAGAACUGGGACGACUGGCUCCUCAUGAGGGAGGACCUCACGCCACGUCUGGCCGCCAUUUUGUCUGGAACCAAGAUGGAAUCCCUGUGGGAAAAUGUCAGCAGGCCACGACCGGACGAUGCUGACCUGCAACAGUCGCUAUGGCGACUUCAGAGCGUGUUCCUCUCUCGCGUUCUCACUGUUGGGAUGGCCGUGCAGCUCUUUGGCCUGGAUCCACGCAGCAAGCCCCUCACUGUUCAUGUAGUAGGGGUAUCCCAUAAUGAGACUAUGGGAGCCAGGCUGACUGACUAUGACGAGCUGAACCACAUGUUCCCCGGACAUGAGGGCAUUGAGAUAGUGAUGGUGGGACCAGAGGUGGUGAAUGGUCCCAUCAUGAGGCCGCCGCUCAGAGCAUUUGGUCCCAGGAAGAGGGUCUACAUUAGUGCCAAUAAGGGUCUCUAUCAUCAAUUCUGGGAGGAGCUGGUGGAGAAAGAGGAAGCAGCUAAGCCAGACCUGGUGGUUGGAUUUCAUCCCGGGUUCCACGCUCACCAGGGCCUGAUAGAAGGCUGGCUGCCCACCCUUCUGUUGCUCAGAGAUUAUAACAUCCCUUCCUUCUUUACCAUGUACAGUGAGACGGAGCUCAAGUCCUCACUGCAGAUUCUGCUGGAGCUGGAGAUGCACAUCAGGGAGAGUGGCUCAAAUCCAUUCACAUCCCAGAAACCAGAGCAGGUCCAGUCUUGCCCCAACAAAACCCCAGUCUACUGCAACUCUCACUACAUCAGUUUCCAGGGACUGCUGCCACAAGAGGACACGGACAACUGACUGAUCUCCAUAACAACAAUCUUCUGCAACAAUGAUUGAUGACAGACAUCACUCAAAGCUCAAUAUGAAGAACAACACCAGUGUUUCCCAAACUAUCAGGAUACAUUCUUACAAGAGCAAAGUUGUGCAUAAUGUAACGACUCAUCUACAGCCGUAUCUGUGCGGUCAAUAAAUUCAAACUUCAUCUUACCCCACAAUAAAAUCUCCUCCGACCCAUCGAUGGGACAUGUGAAUAUUUUAUUUUCACAUUUCAGGUUAGGGAGAGAGAAAAAA